AUGGUCCAAGGCUCCGUUGGAAUCACUCCUUGCAGCAUUCAACAAUGCGUACCCAUGCCCAUUGCGUCCCCAUCCCCCCCCCGCCCAGGUCGGGACCUCAUCGCCCCAUGCAGGUGCAAGGGCUCGGCGCGGUUCGUUCACCGGCACUGCCUGGACCAAUGGCGGGCCAACAAGGAGGGAUUUGCCUUCUGCCAUUGCUCCACGUGCAAGGCUCGCUUCCAGCUACGCGUGUGCCUGCCACCCGACCUCAGAUGCCGCCAUCUCAAGUUCAGAUUCUUUGUUGCGAGGGAUAUUGUGCUCGUAACGCUGCUGGCGCAAGUGUUGAUAAUCUGCUUUGGCUACACUGCCUACGUGGCGGAUUACUAUUGGUUCGACAUGGGGUUUCAGAAAACAUGGGGCGGGCAAAGUCCAAGAACCUUCUACUACAUCUGCGGCGUGCUGCUCUUCCUCGUAUCUGCGGGUCUGCUCGGUGCCGUCAUGACGUGUGUUGAUCGGCGCUUUCGCAGCGACCUUGCAGCUCCCUGCAGAGACAUCUGCGCCUGCUGCUGCGACCCCCUUGUGUGUGGCGGCUGUGACUGCCACAUGGCACCCAUCUGUCUCUACUCAGACUGCUCCGGCUGCUCGUUCUGCGUCUCCGGCUGUAGCGACUGUGCCGCUGCCAUAGGAGGAUCCUCUGGGGAGGCAGGGCUCCUUAUCCUGCUGACACUUGGCGCGAUCCUAUUGGUCGUGCUGGCGCUGGUGGGGGUGUUUUACUGCUUGCUGGUCUCGACCCUGGUGGUGCAGCGGAUAUGGCAGCGGCACUAUCACGUCCUCGCUAAAAGGAUCCUCACUAAGGAAUUUAUCGUGGAGGAUUUGUCUGGAAUGUCUCUCCCUCCUGAUUGGUCGCCACCGCCACUGCUGCCCGAACACGACAGGCAGCUUAGGGAUUUGCGGCUUCUUUAA